CGGCUUUUGAGCUCAGUUCCUGUAGCGGAGGAAGAGUAGCGCGGAGCAGAGCGGAGGGAGAAAGACAGAGAAGCGGAGGUGGCAUGGCGGAGAAGAGCCCUGACCCGAGCGGCUCUGUGGCCCGGAGGUGUCCCGCCCUGUCUGCAGUUGACCGAAUACACUCAACCAUAAGUGCUUCGUUGUCUAAGUGGGUUCGCCUUAACGUCGGCGGCACGUAUUUCCUCACCACCAGGCAGACCCUGUGCCGAGACCCCAAGUCGUUUCUGUACCGGCUGUGCCAGGCCGACCCCGACCUCGACUCCGACAAGGAUGAGACGGGCGCGUACCUGAUCGACCGAGACCCCACGUACUUCGGCCCAGUCCUCAAUUAUCUGAGACACGGAAAGCUGGUGCUCAACCGAGGCCUCGCAGAGGAAGGUGUUCUGGAAGAGGCGGAGUUUUAUAACAUCACCUCGUUGAUAAAACUAGUGAAAGACAAAAUCAGGGAGCGGGACUGCAAAACGUCUCAGCUUCCUGUAAAGCACGUCUACCGAGUCCUCCAGUGCCAAGAGGAGGAACUCACUCAGAUGGUCUCCACCAUGUCGGACGGCUGGAAGUUUGAACAGCUGGUCAGUAUCGGCUCCUCAUACAAUUACGGAAACGAAGACCAGGCGGAGUUCCUCUGCGUCGUGUCCAAGGAGCUGCACAAUCAGUCAUACGGCACAAACAGUGAGCAGAGCGACAAGGCUAAGAUUCUUCAAGAACAAGGCUCUCGAAUGUGACUGUGAAGCGAGCCGGGUCCUACACAGCAUGACACGCACAGGAUCAGGAGAAGAAAAACCGCAGAGACGGAAGAGAGGCUGUUCAUAUCGGAGGGGUUUUACUUUUAAAAAAUAUUAUAUAAUUGCUUUAUGUUCAUAGAAGAAACAAAUCAGGAAUAUGCAUGUCAGUUUCAAGCAUAAAAACAAAGGGCAGCGUUUAUAUCACGGUCCAGUUUCCUCAGGGUCUCAGCUCGACAUUCUGAACACCAGUCAUUACGUCAUCCGCUCCAGUGAGCAGUUUCUUAUUCCGAGACGAAAUGAUAAGUGUAUGAUUUAAAAUUUUGUCACGGUGAUAAAUUCGCUGGUCAAAAAGUGUACAGUUACCGUGUUGUGCAUUGGAGGUGUUACCAUGGAGACCGAUGCGUCGGUGUUCACCAGUGGUGUUUACUAUAUAAAUGCUUACAAAAAAGACAUUUUUUUAGCUUUCAUUAUGAUUUACUUCAAGGUUACAGUAACAACCAACUGUUUGUUUUGUUUUUUUGUUUUUUUCCUGAAAGAAAUACAAUAGAUGCAAAUGUCGAAAGGCGGUGCUGAACUUCGUCUUCCAAUGUUGGAUUCGCUCCAAAAGUGUGUGUGUGUAUGUAUGUAUAUAUAUAUAUGUAUAUAUAUAUAUAUAUAUAUAUAUAUAUAUAUAUAUAUAUAUAUAUAUAUAUAUAUAUAUAUAUAUAUAUAUAUAUAUAUAAUUUUAACUUUUUUAAUUUUGAUGAGAGCUUCUCUUUUUUUCCAGUUUACUUGCAUAACUGCAAACUUACAUUUAUUGUGACCUUUUAUUAUUAUUAUUAAGUUAUUUACCUUUAUUUUUGUUGCUGUUUAAAAAGAAACUGCUUUAUUAUUAUUGACGGUGACUGUUAUUAGGUAGUAUUUUUUAUUUGAAUUUUUUUUAAUGUUUACUGACAGAAGACACUGUAUAAUUGUGUCUAAAGUAUGAUCACACUAUGGGUGUAUACAGUAGACGCAAAAGAUGAAAAGGAUUCUGUCGGCGCUAUAUAAAGAUGCUUACGUGCUGUUUUUGGAAAAAAAAAAAAGUUUUUUAUUGAAAUGCAUUAUAUUUCGUGUUGGGUUUUUUUGUUGUUGUUUUUUUUGGUUUUUUUUUGUUUUUUUAAAACGGUAUCCAUAUACCCCUAACCGGCGCCACGGCGUAGUUCAUCAUCGUAACGAAUCGUAACCUGAAAACUGUAGCAGUAUGCAAUCAAGGUUUUUUUUUUAUUUAUUUUUUUUUUAAAUUAUUUUUUAAUUUUUUUUUUUUUACAUUCAUCUUAAGAUUCGCAGUCGUUCGAGUCAGUCCUGUUUUUUUAAGUUUUAAUAUCGGUAUGAUGUUUUCUGAUGCCGUUGCCUUUACGUAAUACACGACCAACAAAAUGUCUCAAUUCCGUUGCGGUCUGGGACACGCGAGCGAACCGCUUUGCCGGGCUGCAAGUGUAUCUGUAUAUAAAUAAGUAAAUAGACAGUCGUCACUAGUGCACGCUAACUUUCCCUACGUCUGUCUGUCUUUCACACGCAAAGGGCUUUUAAAAUCAAGGAAUAAAUAUGAGGUAUAACGCUCGCAUGAGGUCCAGGCGACCUUGAUCUCGAUCUCUCUCUGUACAGCCUGAUCAAGGCUAUGUUUACAUGCCUAGUGUUUUUAUAAAUCAAAAAAAAAAAAAAAAAAAACUUGUUUUUGUCCUUUUACGUUUACAUACACGGACACCGUGGCACCAUAGCGCAGUUUGUCGGAUUUCAAUACUUCUGUUUACGUAACGUCCCGUUCUCGUACUAGUUACUGUCCUGCCUGUGUCUUGGCAAUCAGAGAACCUUUUGGUCCUCACCAGUGGAGCGAUGAUUACAGCUCACUGUACCAGGGUCUUGUGAUGCCUUCGUUCACCGAAGCUGGAAAGUGGCGCUGUACUUUUCUCCCGAAUUUCCAGGGAGGUGUAGCCUUCCUCACACAUGCACUCCGGCGCCUUGCUCCCUCUGCACGUCCACCCAUGUUGGUUCCCCAGAAGUCUCCUCCUCCUCCUCCUCCUCCUUUUUUUGCGUGCAAUCUGUAAUUUUUUAAAAAACGAGCAGAAACAGGUGCAAAAUGGCGUCUGCUCCACUUUGCCACUGCUGUUCCUAUAUUACUCUUCAAAUGUUUUGUUUUUUUUUUGUAUUCAUAUUUUUAUGCUUAAAAUUGUACUUGUUGUUUAUUAUUAUUAUUAUUAUUAUUAUUAUUAUUAUUAUUAUUAUUAUAUGUACUUGCAAGUUAACAACUUGGGGAAAUGCAUAUGACGGUAAUGUAGAUCCAGGACUAUCUUAAUAAAAACCUUGUUGAAUUGCAAA